CGUCCAAUCACCGCUAAGGGUUUCUCUUUUCCUUCUCCUUACCACACUGCCUCUCCCCCCCCCUUCUCCGCACAUCGGAAACCGCUUUUCGGACCAAAAAAAGGGGUUUCCGAUUCAUUCCGAUUCAUAUCGCGCCGAGCCGUGUUGAUCCUCGUUUUAGAGGGGAAUUCGAAUUUUGAAGAUAGACAAUGGCUGGUGAAAAGAGUAUCGAGAAAUCUGAGCCUGGGGCUGCAGGAGGGUUGAAGUUGGAAUCUGUUAUAGAAUUGCGUGAGCAAGAAGUGAUUUCUGGAAAUGACGGGGUACCAUCUAAGUUAACCUCCUCUAUACCUUCUUCAGCAGAUGCUACCUCUAGCACCAAAGGUGAGACUGAUCGUGAGUCAGUUGGAGAGCAGGGUGUUUUCCAUCCACCUACUAGCUGUUACAAUUAUUAUUACCCAGGAUUUAAUGGAUCCUUUACUCAGUCGGAUGAUAAUUAUAAUCUUAAAGGAGAUGGUUCUCAGACAGGUAUUCAAGACAAUGGUUCAGUGGUCUAUUAUCUGCCGGGCUAUAACCAAUUUGCUUCUGGAUCUCUUGUGGGUGCUGGUGGCCAGUGUGCUGGUCAGCAACAAUAUUUUCCUUCCUCAGGAUAUCUUCAGCAACCUGUUUCCUAUGGAUCAGAAGCUGUGCCUUGUUAUUCAUGGGACCCAACAUUUGUUGGGGAUGUUCCAAAUGGAACUGCCACUGGUGUUACAAAUGUGAAAUGUGCUUCAGGUUCUACUCCUCUUGCAAAGUCAAAUGACUUUUACUCUAUGAAAUCAAAUGGCAACACUGCUAGCAAAAUUUCGAAUUCUCUUCCUCAUACACAACCUAUCAGGACACUAAACAAGGUGCCUUAUGUGGGUUCUGACUUCUCAAAAGGCCUUUUGAAGGAUUACCACCCGAUUGGAAAGUUUUCUUCAUUUACUUACCAAAAACAAGGUCUGCUACCGCACAAUGGUCAAAUGAACUACAGACCAAAUGGAAGAGCAGGGAAUUUAAAUGACAGGUAUAAGUCAAGAGACAAAUUCAACUGGACUGGAGAACUUGAAGCCUUGACUGAACUAACUCGUGGUCCUAGGGCACACGCCAAGAGCUCUCCUUUAGACUCAUCGGGUGAAAAGGAAGCGUUUGGGUUCUCUGUCCAUAGAGAUCAAUACAACCUUGACGAUUUUCAAACUGAUUAUGAAAAUGCAAAGUUCUACAUCAUCAAGUCUUAUAGUGAAGAUGAUAUUCAUAAGAGCAUUAAGUACGAUGUUUGGUCUAGUACCCCAAAUGGAAAUAAGAAGCUAGAUGCAGCAUUCCGUGAUGCUGAAGCAAAAGCCACUCAGAAAAGUAGCAGGUGUCCAAUCUUUCUUUUCUUCUCGGUUAAUGGAAGUGGACAGUUUGUGGGCGUUGCUGAGAUGGUUGGGCAGGUGGACUUUAAUAAAGACAUGGACUUUUGGCAACUUGACAAGUGGAAUGGGUUCUUCCCAGUGAAAUGGCAUAUAAUAAAAGAUGUUCCUAAUGGUCAGUUGCGGCACAUUAUCCUGGAGAACAAUGAUAAUCGGCCUGUAACCUUUACCCGGGACACUCAAGAGAUCGGACUUAAUCAAGGCUUGCAGAUGCUUUGUAUUUUUAAGAGCUACACAGCAAAAACAUCUUUGUUAGAUGAUUUCAAAUUUUAUGAAAGUAGAGUGAGGUCUCUUCAUUCCAAGAGCAGUAAGCCUGCAACUCUGCAAAUGGAUAUGUACAGUAACGGAGAUUUUUCUAACAUUAAACCAGGAGAAAGGAAUAUUGAGGUGGAAUCUGGAGGCAUCAAGAGAACUACCAAUCCCAGUUCUCUUAUCAAUCUCACAAAAAAUCUUUCCCUCAAUGCCUGCCCUGCCCCUCAGAAGAGUAUUUCUGUAAAGAAUCCUCCUACAGAUAAUUGUAUUCCUUUGGUCUGAGCAGCGUCGGCAUUUUAGAGUUUUUAGGUGUAGUUGUCAAGAUAUAGGCUGACCGCCACCCCUUCUUUUUUCUCCCCUUCGUUUCCUGUUCAAAUUUAUUGUAUUUUCAAGUUGUUGCGUGUUUUCUUUUUAUGCAUAUCCUUUGAGUCCUGCCAAAUGUUAGUUGAGAUAUGGUUUGGGUAAUUAGUUUGUAGUUUUGUGCUUGAAUCAAGAUUGCAUCACUGAGAUGAUGUUAGCAUUUUGUUUCUCUCCAUGGAAAUGCUAUCUUUAUUCAA